AUUUUUCUUCAGACUUUUGGAAAAGAUGUGUCUAGUGGUGGUUUUCCUAGAGAAUGAGACUGUUGGUGCUUACCAACUUUAAUACAGGAAAUGAUAGGUAGAAAGCCCUGCUCCGUAUCCUACUGAAAACCAAAUUUGAUUACGGAAACUUACACCAGGAGCUCAGAGCCAAGCUCUGCACAAGCCGCAUCUGAGAUGGCAGAAGCCUCUGUGGAUGCCGGGGCUCAGUCCGUUACCGUGAAGAAAAAGAAAAGCCUGUCCAUUGAAGAAAAGAUUGACAUCAUAAAUGCAGUGGAAAGUGGCAAGAAAAAGGCAGAGAUUGCGGCUGAAUAUGGCAUAAAGAAAAACUCGUUGUCUUCCAUUAUGAAAAACAAAGACAAAGUUCUAGAAGCCUUUGAGUCUUUGAGAUUUGAUCCGAAGAGAAAACGACUGAGAACAGCGUUUUAUACUGAUCUGGAAGAGGCAUUGAUGAGGUGGUAUCGGAUUGCUCAGUGUCUAAACGUUCCGGUUAAUGGUCCGAUGUUGCGUCUAAAAGCUAAUGAUUUUGCCCAGAAGCUGGGACACAAUGAUUUUAAAUGCAGCAAUGGUUGGCUGGAUCGUUUUAAGUCCAGGUAUGGCUUAGUAUUCAGAGCACAACCUGUAGAAGCCACGGGUAUAUCUAUAGACCCUUCCACUGUGUGGUACCAAAAUGUGCUACCUUAUUACUUAAACGAUUAUCAUCCUAAAAAUGUUUUCAAUGUGAAAGAGACUGGGCUGCUUUAUCGAAUGUUACCUACAAAUACUUUUGCAUUCAAAGGGGAAACGUGCUCAAUUGGAAAGUUGUGCAAAGACAGGAUAACGCUGGCCCUCGGUACAAAUAUGGAUGCCUCUGAGAAACUCCCUUUGCUUGUCAUCGGGAAAAACCGAGCCCCGCGUUGUUUCAAAGGCAUAAAAUCAUUGCCUGUGUAUUAUGAAGCUAACAGAACGGCGUGGAUGACGGCAGCCAUAUUUGAACAGUGGAUGCAGAAGCUGGAUGAGAAAUUCCAAGCCCAGAAACGAAGAGUAGUGAUUUUCGUUGACUCUUGCCCCGCACAUCCAGAAGUGAAAAACCUCAAGUCCAUUGAGUUAGCAUUCUUCCCGUCAUGCUUGUCUUCCGGGUUUGCAGCUAUGAAUCAAGGUGUUAUUAAAAGCCUUAAAAUCAGAUAUCGGCAUUGUCUUAUCAAGAAAUUUUUAAGUUCAGUCGAAAGUAGCAAAGAGUUUACAUUUUCUCUUCUAGAUGCAGUUGAUACAUUGCAUCUCUGCUGGAGAGCUGUAACUCCGGAGACCAUUGUUAAAAGCUAUGAAGAAGCAGGAUUCAGGUCUCCAAAGGGAGAAAAUGACACAGUCAAUGCAGAUGCUGCUGCUGCUCUUGACCUGACUGCCCAUGCAGUAGGGGCAGGAGUGGAGUUUCUUGAAGGUUUGUCCAUAGAGGAAUACGCUGCCCUGGAUGAGGACCUGGAGACGUGUGAAGCCACCCCGAAAGAUGGUGCCGAGUGGGCCAGAGAAAGUAAGCAAGACGAGAGUGGUCUUUAUACUUCCGAAGAAGAGGAGGAGGACAGCGGAGCAGCGUUAGAAGUGGAUCUGUCCUUACCAUCCAAGAAGGAAGCGCUCAUGGCUGUAGGCACUCUGAAAAGGUUUCUUAGAAGUCAGGACCUGAACGAUGAACUUCACGGUUCUUUAGCAGACCUUGAAAACUUUAUUAAUGCUUUGUCACCUAAGUAGUCACGUAUUGUUCCGCUGCAGAGCAGUAACUUUUCCUCGGGUAUCUUAUUACCCAAGGAAUGUAAACAGAAAGUAUCACUUAAACAAGAAAAGAGAAAGUUCAAUAAUAAUCGGUGGCUUAACUGUAGAGCCUUUGAUCUGCAUAGCGGGGGCUCCCUAGUAAAGAAUGACUAAGUAAAACUGCAAAAUUCCGUUUAGCAGGUUUGGGGAGAAUAAAAAAUGUGUUUCAGAGGCUUUAUACUUGAAAGAAAUUUAGCACGUGUGUGAAAGAAUGCCAGCUGGCUGACUCGCGCGCAUGAAAUUGCUGGUUUUCAUUUUCUUUGUUUUUAAGUUCAGAUCAUGUUCUAGAAUAUUUUAUCUUUGUAGUCUUAAAAAAACCCGGCUUUUUUCUUUUUAUAAAGUCAUAUGCAUGCCACCUCUAUCCUAAUGCAUUCAUUUGUUCUCUUUCCCUUUUUUGGUUGGUUUUUAAAGAAAGGGUCUCCCUGUGUAGUCCAGGUUGCCCCGAUUCAUGGCAGUGCCCCCGCCUUGGACUCUCAGAUGCCGGCAAUGUCGGCAUAAGCCAAUAUGCACAGUCUAAUUAAACUUGUGAGCAUCAUAGUACUAGCAAAUUAUGUUCUAAUUAGUUAAUCUUCCAGACUGAAAAAAAAUGAAAAUAUAUUCUAAUCUGCUAUGCACCAAGAUGAUGAACAAUGUGAUUCUUGCUGCUUUCAAAUUACUUGUCAAAUUAAGUCAAAUGGAAAGCUAUUGCUCUGCCUUCUAUCACCAGGAGAGAUGGGUCCUUCUGCUGUGCAUGUGUGUGUGCUUGUUUAGUGGGAAAAUACUUGAAGGGAAAUAUUUAUUAAACUCAUACUUAUAUUUGAAUAGGAAGAGAAUUGAAGACACACUUGGAGUCAACAAGAAAACUUGUGGGGCUUUUUAAAAAAUUGCAAGAGCUCAGCUUUUAAUCUAGCUUUGUUCUUGAGUACACAAGACUCCAGCUGCAUAUGUAGCAGAGAAUGGCCUUGUCGGGCAUUAAUGGGAGGAGAAGCCCUUGGUCCUAUGAAGGUGGGAUAGAUGCCCCAAUGUAAAGGAAUGGAGGGUGGGGAGGUGGGAGUGCUUGGAUGGGUGGAGGAACACCCUCAUAGAAGCAGGUGGAGGGAGGGUGGGAUGGGGGAUUUCCGGGAGGGGGAAAACCAGGAAAAGGGAUAAUAUUUGAAAUGUAAAUAAAGAAAAUAUCCAAUAAAAAAAGUCUAGCUUUCUUCUUGAUUUUACUGAAUUUUAUUUUUAGCACAUUGUGGUAUUUAAUUUUCUUCCUCCAAUUUUUUCUUCUCUAAAUUUUUUCAGAGAAAGCUUUGCCUAUAUAUUACAUUAAAAUACUGUAGGGAAUUACCUACUCACCAUCUGAAAAACAGUAAGAGAACAAAAUUUUAACAGUUUUAAGUAGCAUGUUUACUUAACUUAUUAUACCUAAUUUAGGUUCCCUUGAAAAGUAUUUUAGAAAAAUUCAAAGCACAAUCCUUUGUUGUGAAUUAUUAAUCUGCCAAAAGGUUAUACAUUUAGAAGGAAAUAAUUUAACAAACCAUUCUUAUUUUCUAUUGUUGAUUUGCUCUGAUCUGAGGAUUUAGUUGAGCACUAAAAUGUAUUAAUAUUUUAGAAGUUUCCUUUAUUAUUAAACAUUGACUAUU